GAGAGGAUUCUGCUCCGAGAGAGAUUCAAUCUGGGCGAGAGAGCAAAUACACGAAUUCUCGAGAAAGUGACGGAAAAUAAAAACAAAAAUGCUUAGAUCACGAUCACCAUCGCUAUUAGCUUUAUCAUUUUUCGUUACAUUCUUCAGCAUCUCUUACGCUCUUUACGGACCGUCAUCGCCAGUGGUUCAGCUCACUCCCUCCAACUUCAAGUCCAAGGUUUUAAACUCGAAUGGAGUUGUUCUGGUUGAGUUCUUUGCGCCUUGGUGUGGUCAUUGUCAAGCUUUAACACCUACAUGGGAGAAGGCAGCCAAUGUCUUGAAAGGAGUUGCUACUGUGGCAGCCCUUGAUGCUGAUGCCCACAAGUCCCUUGCUCAGGAAUAUGGGAUUAGAGGAUUUCCUACCAUAAAGGUUUUUGCCCCUGGAAAGCCUCCAGUAGAUUAUCAGGGAGCUAGGGACGUCAAGCCUAUUGCAGAAUUCGCCCUCCAACAGGUAAAGGCACUUUUGAAAGACCGUUUAGCUGGGAAAGCUUCUGGAGGAUCUAGUGAGAAAUCUGAACCUAGUGCAUCUGUUGAACUGAAUUCCCGCAAUUUUGAUGAAUUGGUGCUCAAAAGUAAAGAACUUUGGAUUGUGGAGUUUUUUGCUCCUUGGUGUGGACACUGCAAAAAACUAGCUCCUGAGUGGAAGAAGGCUGCUAAUAACUUGAAGGGGAAGGUGAAGCUCGGUCAUGUUGACUGCGAUUCUGAGAAGUCUCUCAUGAGCAGGUUCAAUGUGCAAGGAUUUCCUACCAUCUUAGCAUUUGGUGCUGACAAAGACAGCCCAAUUCCUUAUGAGGGUGCUAGAACUGCCUCUGCAAUUGAAUCAUUUGCUCUAGAGCAGCUUGAAACAAAUGUUGGACCUGUUGAAGUGACAGAGCUGGCUGGCCAGGACGUCAUGGAGGAGAAAUGUGGCUCAGCUGCCAUAUGCUUUGUUGCUUUCUUGCCCGACAUUUUAGACUCCAAGGCAGAAGGAAGGAACAAGUACCUGGAGAUGUUAUUGUCAGUUGCAGAGAAAUUUAAAAGGAGUCCUUACAGCUAUGUUUGGGCUGCUGCUGGUAAGCAGCCAGAUCUUGAGAGGCAUGUAGGUGUUGGUGGGUAUGGGUAUCCUGCUCUUGUAGCCUUGAACGUGAAGAAAGGAGCAUAUGCUCCACUCAAAAGUGCAUUUGGGCUCGAGCAUAUAAUCGAGUUCGUCAAGGAAGCAGGACGUGGGGGCAAGGGAAAUUUACCUUUAGAGGGCACCCCUGACAUUGCAAAGACAGAACCAUGGGAUGGUAAAGAUGGAGAAAUCAUUGAAGAAGAUGAGUUCUCCCUUGAAGAACUCAUGGGAGAAGAUAUAGCAAGCAAGGAUGAGUUGUAAUAAAAUUGGGAUAGAAGAGUCAGGAGGAGAAUUUAGGCUAAAGAAGAUUUUGAUGUCACGGGAAAUGUGGUUGUGUCAUGAUUUGGUUUCACAAAUUGAAUCGAUAUUUAGGAGGACUUGUUUUCCAUAUAGUGAAAUGGAAUUCUGGCGAUGAACAUGCUCAAGUCUGUUGUUGUCUAAUGUAAACCCUUCCAUAUCUUUCUCAGGUAACAUUAUUUGGUAAGAGGGAAAUUGUAUAAAGAUGAUAACUUGGUCAUUGUUGGAAUGGGCGGUUGGUUAAUGGCUCCUUGUUUUGUUUGACAA